GGGAGGAUGGAGCAACUUAGAGAGUGCGCUCUAGGCAACAAGACGGUGCCCCAACAUGAUGAGCCGGUGCCCUUCUGCCCUCCGCGCCUCCGUCCUGCUUUUCUUCGUCCUGCUCCUGCUUAGCGGAAGCCCUUCGCGGAGUCAAGCUGCUCCCAUGACUGGGGAGCUGCGUUGCCAGUGUAUCAACGUGGUCUCCAAGAUGAUUCCACUCAAGCACAUUGCUAAUGUAGAACUCAUCCCCGAAGGACCUUACUGUGCCGCGUCUGAAGUCAUAGCCACCAUGACAAAUGGGAAGAAAGUCUGCCUGGAUAUCACAGCACGCUGGGUCAAGCUGAUAAUUGACAGGAUUCUUCAACAGAAAUCCAGUACACCCUGAUGGAAGCAAUGAAAAUGAAUUUGGAAUUGUAAUGGAAGGUGCUGUGCAUGUGAGAGAGAGCAUGAGAAGAGGAAAGCCCAGCAAUCAAUACAGUGCAACUUUUUUCUACACAUAUUUAUUACUGAAACUGAUUUUUAAUAUGUUUUAUAUAUUUAUUACUUCUUAUGUCUGCAACUGUCCAAAAAGUUCAGAAUUUUACCACUGUUGUGCAUACUGUGAAACCAAAGGACACUGAAUGUAUACUUGGGUGCCUUUUUAAUGUUAAUUUACCAUAUUUUUGAGCUAUCCUAGGAUGGAAUAAAUAUAAACAUGCAAAAGAGUGCAAUCCAGCACAAAGUUCACCGGUGCAGUCUUCACUGGAGUGAAUAGAAACACUACUGUGGGUUCAGCACACUUCAGUGGGACAUGAGGAAGAGGGCGUUUUGAUGCACUGUGCUCAAUUUAUUCUUUGAAUACAUCCAAAAAGGAGAAAGGCUUGAGUAAGCGGAUAGGCCCAGGUCAUGAACGUGCAGCCCAAGAUUCUUGAUGUAAGCUGGCAUGCAGUUUCCAAAGGGCCUGCUCUAUUGGCUGUGCAUUGAUAGAAGAAGGCUGGGCUCCUAGUAUUUACACCAGCCUGUUCUAUAUAUUAGUAAUUGAAAAGUCCAGUAACUAGCUCAUGAACUAAGUGAUGUUCAGAUUUCCAACAACAUUAGAAGGGAAGAAAGAGAAUGUAUAACUUGAUGUGUGUUAUAAGUACAGAAUAAUGCAUUGGGAGAGGUCUCCUAUGUAGGCCUCACUGAAAUCAGUGGCAGCUGCUUAAGAAUACUGCCUCCUGGUUACAUUUCUAAAGUAAGGGGACAGUAUGGCAUAAUUACUUUCUUGACCUACAACUCCCUGAAUUCCUAACCUAGCUUAGCCCAAUGUUACUAGGACUGAUUUGGGAGCUAAAGUCCAAAAGAAAUGUUUUUCCAAGUUCUAGAUAAGAGUCCAGUCCAUAUCAUUGUUGAACUGGGGAAACAUUGACUUUGAUGUAUGUAUGAAAAUCAUUAUUUUUAAAAGCUGGAAUUUUAUGUUGACUUGUAAGAAUACCAGUGAAUGACAUGCAUUGAGAUAUAUAUAUAUCUAUAUCUAUAUCUUCCUUGUAUGGCAUACUGUCAUGUUUCUUAAAGACUAAGCAGUUUUGAUAAUGCUUUUGGAUUACAUGCGAUGCUAUGCAUUAUAAACAAAAAUAAAACUAUUACAGUAUCUUA